AUGUCAAAAAGAGAAAAAGAGCAUUUAGUUAGAGUCUGUGUUCUAGGCUCGACAUUUACUGGAAAAUCGUGUCUAUGUAAUCGAUUUGUUUGUAAUAAUUUUGAAUGGGUUUAUGAGCCGACUACUGAAGUAAGACCCUAUAGAAAACUUGUGAAUAUUACAGAGGACGAAGAAAAUAAACAAUAUUGUAUGAUGCUAAUUGAAGACUUAUUUCCAAUUAACCACCCCUAUUUGCAAAACCCUGAACAAAGCGAAGAAGCCAAGAAUAUGAGCAAUCAAUAUGAUCUUAUCUUAGAAAACCGCAGAGAAAGCAAGAAAAAAAGCAGCGAAAAAGCCUUAUAUAAAGAACACCCUAUACACGCUUAUGUAUACGUUUUUGACCUGACCGAAAAAACCUCUUUUGAUGAAGUCGAAAGAGUAAUCGAAUACAUCCACACUCGAGAAGAAAAAGAAGCUGGCAAAAAGAAAUCUGGUAUUGCUGUCAAAAUCCUUGUAGGCACCAAAAAAGAUUUGCAGAGAAAUGCUGUGCCUUCACAAAAAAUAGAACAAGUUAAAAAGAAGUACAAUUUGAUGUAUAGAAAAGUGAGUGCUUUAGAAAACAGUGAUGUAAAAGACGUAUUUUUAGACGUCGCAAGAAUUGUAAUGGAUAGCAUGUCAUCUGGAAUGAAUGAAGAUGAGGACGAAGACAUGUUUUUUGGAACAGGCUUUUGAAAUUGGCUUGGAUGUGGAGGAAGGGAUGAAAAGAAUAAAGAUGAAGAUGAGGACGAAGAAGAAACUAAAAAAUGCAGAAUUUUUUAA